AUGUUCAGUCUACAAGACAUUAUGUCCAUUUCACCGGCAGACGAGAUUCACUUCUUCCAACUUGGGUUUAUCACCCUGAACAAAAUCACCGCCGAGGCACGAACACUGUGUCAGAGUGUGGGAACAGAGAACGAUUCACCAGAGCUUCGAGAACGGCUUAUUCUUCUGCAGCGUUUAAUGCUCAAAGAAAUCUAUAUCACGCGUGCACACCUUGUGGAGUGCUGGCGAAUCGGUGCUGAGGAUCCCCAGGCUACCACCGGAACGAACUCGGCCGAAAGAUUGUACGCCGGUUUCGUUGCCAUGGUGGAUUAUCACAUGCGCUCUCUGUUGAAUACACUUCAUUUGCUUAAUCUAUUCCCAACCGCAGAUACAACCGUAAAUUUUGUUGUACUGGUUGAAUCGCGUACUAGCGAGGCGCGAUCUCUAAACACGGAAUCAAACACCUCCUUGUGCCAAUUGAUUAUGACUGGUAUUAAAAAGUUACCAGAUUUACAUACUGUGAUCCGGGCCACAGAGGAGAUUGAAAUGACGGACAUCAGUCAAAAUUCGGAGAGAUCUUUGCUUCGGAGUGAAUACUUAACGUUACGCAAAUUACUGGAGGAUGUCUCGGUAAGCAAACGUGAUUUUACCACCAAACUGUCGCAAGCUCACUUCAGGAUUUAUUCUCUGAACUGA